AGCUGCACAUUUCAUUGAGAACUUGGAAGUCAGCGGGUGAACAUCUGAAAACUCCGUGCUGCUGCAGACUUUUACUCCUUCCUGUCUGCGCUGGGAUUUACCUGACGGAGGAUUCCGGAUUUCCACCCCACAUCUGGAGUAUCAAAGCGCGGAUCUAUGCGAACCCCACGCGGGAGUCCACAACGUCUGUGAAGCUGAAGAGGAGGAAUGCAUCGUUUCUUAGCGAAACUGUGUCUUCUCAUUCCGGCGAUCGUCCUCUCACAAGGUCUAAAAUGCUCCCUACCCACUGAAUCAUGCCUAAAUGGAGGGAGAUGUGUGGCCACCUCUAGUGGCAAUGGAGAAUGCAGGUGUCCCAGUGACUAUAUUGGCAACCGGUGCCAGUAUCCCAGCCCAUGCAGCCCUUCACCCUGCCGCAAUGGUGGAAGAUGCCGUGCAGUUUCCCGUGGCAACACCUUUGACUUUCUCUGUGAGUGUCCCCUGGGUUUUACCGACAGGCUGUGCCUCACCCCCACCAACCACGCCUGCAUGAGCGCCCCGUGUCGCAAUGGAGGAACGUGUGAACUUAUUGCUCUCACUGAUUUCCGAUGCCAAUGUCCACCAGGAUGGACAGGAAAAUCUUGCCAAACUCCCAACCCAUGUGCUUCCAAUCCAUGUGCAAACGGUGGACAAUGUUCAUCUUUAGAUUCCACCUACAGGUGCACAUGCCCUCCCAACUUCCAUGGCCAAACUUGCAAGCUGGAUGUGAAUGAGUGUGCCCAGACCCCGUAUCUCUGUCUAAAUGGUGGCAUUUGUGUAAAUGAGGUUGGCUCUUACCACUGCCGCUGCCCACAAGAGUAUACUGGCCAGCACUGUCAAACCCCUUACGUGCCCUGCAGCCCCUCACCAUGUCAGAAUGGAGGCACUUGUGUCCAGAAAGGAGAUACCACCUACGACUGCAGCUGCCUUCCAGGCUUCAUGGGUCAGCACUGUGAGCACAACAUUGAUGAUUGUCCAGGACACAACUGUCAGAAUGGUGGGGUAUGUGCAGAUGGAGUCAACACCUACAACUGCCAGUGUCCGCCUCAUUACACAGGACAAUACUGCACAGAAAAUGUAGACGAGUGUGAGAUGAUGCCCAAUGUAUGUCAAAAUGGAGGGACAUGCCACGACACCCACGGCAGCUACCACUGCGUCUGUGUCAACGGGUGGACAGGUGACGAUUGCAGCAAAAACAUUGACGACUGCGCCGCUGCUGCUUGCUUUCAUGGUGCUACGUGCCAUGAUCGUGUAGCCUCAUUCUUUUGCGAGUGUCCUCAUGGCCGUACUGGGCUGCUGUGCCAUUUGGAUGAUGCCUGCAUCAGCAACCCCUGCCAAAAAGGUUCAAACUGUGACACAAAUCCCGUGAAUGGAAAGGCGAUUUGUACAUGUCCACCAGGUUACACAGGAUCUGCCUGCAACUUGGAUAUUGACGAGUGUGCCCUUGGUGCCAACCCUUGUGAGCAUGGUGGUCGCUGCCUCAACACAUUAGGCUCUUUCCAGUGCAAGUGUCUGCAAGGGUAUGAAGGACCUCGCUGUGAGAUGGAUGUGAAUGAAUGCAUGUCCAACCCCUGCCAAAAUGACGCUACCUGUCUUGACCAAAUUGGAGGAUUCCACUGCAUCUGUAUGCCAGGAUACGAAGGUGUGUUUUGCCAUAUUGACACUGACGAGUGCGCCAGUCAGCCUUGUCUCAACAAUGGCAAAUGCAUCGACAAGAUCAACUCUUUCUACUGCGAGUGCCCCAAAGGGUUUUCAGGAAACCUGUGUCAGGUGGAUAUUGAUGAGUGUGCCAGUACACCCUGCAGGAAUGGCGCCAAAUGUACAGACGGUCCCAACAAGUAUAAUUGUGAAUGUGCUGAAGGUUACACAGGCCAACACUGUGAGAUUGACAUCAACGAGUGCUACUCUGAUCCUUGCCACUAUGGCACUUGUAAAGAUGGUCUUGCGUCUUUCACCUGCUACUGCCGCCCUGGCUACACUGGCCGCUUGUGCGAAACCAACAUCAAUGAAUGUCUCAGCCAGCCUUGUAAGAACGGUGGCACCUGCCAGGACAGGGAGAACUCCUACAUCUGCUCCUGCCCUAAAGGGACCGCAGGUUUCAAUUGUGAGAUCAACCUGGACGAUUGCAAAAGCCAGCCCUGCGACUAUGGGAGGUGUAUCGACAAAAUCAAUGGCUAUGAGUGUGCAUGCAGGCCAGGUUACACAGGCACAAUGUGCAACAUUAACAUCGAUGACUGUGCCAUCAACCCAUGCCACAACGGGGGCACAUGCAUUGAUGGCAUCAACAGCUUCACUUGCCUCUGUCCAGAGGGCUACAACGAUGCCACCUGUUUGUCGCAGGUUGACGAAUGCAGCAGCAACCCUUGUAUCCACGGCCUUUGUCAAGACCUCAUUAAUGGCUAUAAAUGUACCUGUGACUCCGGAUGGAGCGGUCAAAACUGUGAUAUCAACAAGAACGAAUGCGAUUCCAACCCCUGCAUGAACGGGGGCACGUGCAAGGACAUGACCAGUGGAUACCACUGCACAUGCAGAGUCGGCUUCACUGGACCCAACUGCCAAACUAACAUCAAUGAGUGUGCCUCCAACCCCUGCCUCAACCAGGGGACUUGCAUUGACGAUGUGGCCGGAUACAAGUGCAACUGUUUGCUGCCUUACACCGGUGAAAACUGCGAAACCCUGCUGGCCCCCUGCAGUUCCCGUCCCUGUAAAAAUGGUGGUGUGUGCAAGGAGGCUGAAGACUACCAGAGCUUUUCUUGCAUCUGCCCUGAAGGAUGGCAAGGCCAAACAUGUGAAAUUGACAUCAACGAAUGUGUGAAAAGUCCGUGCUGGAACGGUGCUUUUUGCCUCAACACCAUGGGGGGCUACCAGUGCAAGUGUCAACCAGGUUUCACAGGCCAAAAAUGUGAAACAGACAUCGAUGACUGCAAACCAAACCCCUGCAGUAAUGGAGGUCUGUGCCACGAUGGGAUCAGCAGUUUCACAUGCACAUGUCUGCCUGGCUUUCGUGGCGGCAGGUGUGAGCAGGACAUAAAUGAGUGUGAAAGUAACCCCUGUAAGAAUGGGGCCAACUGCACUGACUGUGUCAACAGCUACACCUGCACCUGCCCUACAGGGUUUAGUGGCAUCAACUGUGAGAUCAACACCAACGAUUGCACUGACAGCUCGUGCUUCAACGGUGGUACUUGUGUGGAUGGAAUCAAUUCCUUCACUUGCCUGUGUCUCACUGGAUUCACUGGAAGCUAUUGCCAAUUUGAUAUCAAUGAGUGUGAUUCCAAGCCUUGCCUCAAUGGAGGAACUUGUCUUGAUGGUUAUGGGACGUAUAAGUGCACCUGUCCUCAUGGCUACACAGGAGUAAACUGUCAGCAUCUUGUCCGAUGGUGUGACUCCUCCCCCUGUAAGAACGGAGGAACAUGCUGGCAGCAGGGAGCUUCUUACACAUGUCAAUGCCAGACUGGGUGGACUGGCCUGUAUUGUGACAUCCCGAGUGUUUCUUGUGAGGUUGCUGCCAAACAGCAAGGUGUGGAGGUGAACCAGCUGUGCAGGAAUUCAGGCCAGUGUUUGGAUGCUGGAAGCACACAUCACUGCCGUUGCCAGGCUGGUUACACUGGGAGUUAUUGCCAAGAACAGGUGGAUGAGUGCUCACCCAACCCUUGCCAGAAUGGAGCAACCUGUACCGACUAUCUUGGAGGUUACAGUUGUGAGUGUGUCCCUGGUUACCAUGGUGUUAACUGCUCCAAAGAGAUCAAUGAAUGCCAGUCUCAACCCUGCCAGAAUGGUGGUACCUGCAUUGAUCUUAUCAACACCUACAAAUGCUCUUGUCCUAGAGGAACACAGGGUGUCCAUUGUGAGAUGAACUUGGAUGAUUGCAACCCCUUCAACGAUCCUUUCACAAAUGAGCCCAAGUGCUUUAACAAUGGCAGGUGUGUGGACCGCAUUGGAGGCUACCAGUGCAUGUGCCCUCCAGGCUAUGUUGGUGAACGGUGCGAAGGCGAUGUAAAUGAGUGUCUGUCGGAUCCCUGCGACCCCAGAGGGUCCUACAACUGCAUUCAGCUAAUGAACAGUUACCGCUGUGAAUGCCGUACUGGCUAUACAGGACAGCGUUGUGACAAGGUUUUCGAUGGCUGUAAAGGACGACCCUGCAGAAAUGGAGGAACUUGUGCAGUUGCCAGCAACACACCCCAUGGUUUCAUCUGCAAAUGCCCACCUGGCUUUACUGGUUCCUCUUGCGAAUACGACUCCCACUCUUGUGGAAGUCUGAACUGCAAGAACGGUGGUACAUGUGUGUCGGGUCACCUAGGUCCCCGCUGCCUGUGUCCUUCAGCUUUUACUGGGCCAGAGUGUGAAACCCCCACAGACAGCCUUUGCAUUUCCAAUCCCUGUUACAAUGGCGGUACGUGCCAGACCACCCCUAACGCUCCCUUCUUCAAGUGCAGCUGCCCCAGCAACUUCAACGGCCUUCUUUGCCACAUACUGGAUUACUCCUUUGUCGGGGGGUUUGGCCGAGAUAUCACCCCACCUCCAGAGGUGGAGGUAAGCUGUGGGAUUCCACAGUGUGAUGAGUGGGCUGGCAAUCACAUCUGCGACUCACUGUGCAACAACCAUGCCUGUGGCUGGGAUGGAGGAGACUGCUCUCUUAAUUUUGAUGAUCCUUGGAAGAACUGCUCUGCUGCUCUGCAGUGCUGGCGUUACUUCAAUGAUGGGAAGUGUGACGGCCAGUGUAACAGCCCAGGAUGCCUCUAUGAUGGCUUUGACUGCCAAGGACAAGAAGGGCAGUGCAAUCCAUUAUAUGAUCAGUAUUGCAAGGACCAUUACGCUGACGGUCACUGCGACCAAGGCUGUAACAACGCAGAAUGUGAAUGGGAUGGCCUGGAUUGCGCCAACAACAUGCCAGAGAAGCUGGCAGAUGGACAUUUAGUUCUGGUGGUCCACAUUCCCCCAGAAGUGCUUAAAAACCGCUCAUCAUCAUUCCUCAGAGAGCUCAGCAGUGUCCUCCACACCAACGUGGUGUUUCGCCGCGAUGCCAAAGGAGAGCCCAUGAUUUUCCCUUACUACGGGAAUGAACAGGACCUGGUCAAACACAGCAUGCUUAAACGCUCUGCAGACGGCUGGCCGGAGUGGGCCUCGGUACCCGCCAAUGUCUUGGAUCAGAUGAAGGAGAGUGUCUCCUCUGUGGUUACUUCAAGGAGACGCAGAGAACUGGAUCCAGUACAAGUCAAAGGGUCUAUUGUGUACCUUGAGAUUGACAACCGGCAGUGUUACCAGCAGUCCUCUGAAUGCUUUCAGAGCGCCACAGACGUUGCUGCAUUCCUUGGAGCAUUGGCCAGCAGUGGACAUCUCAAAGUUCCUUAUAUUGAAGCUGUCACAAGUGUGAGGCCACCUGGAUCCACUUCUGAGCUCUACCCAAUGUACAUAAUCUUCCUGGGCUUGGCAGCUCUUGGUUUUAUAUGCUUAGGUGUUCUGGUGUCCCGCAAACGGCGGCGAGAGCAUGGCCAGCUCUGGUUUCCAGAAGGAUUUAAAGUAUCUGAACCUAGCAAAAAGAAACGCAGAGAGCCAUUGGGGGAAGACUCUGUUGGACUGAAACCUAUGAAAAACUCUGACAUCAAUCUUAUGGAUGACAAUCAAAAUGAAUGGGGUGAUGAUGAUCCAGACUGUAGGCGCUAUAGGUUGGAGGAGCAGGCCAUGUUAGAUUUAUGUGAUCACACCGAUCAAAGGAAAUGGACCCAACAACACCUGGAUGCCGCUGACCUGCGGAUUGCAUCCAUUGCUCCUACGCCUCCUCAGGGAGAAAUAGAGAAUGACUGCAUGGAUGUCAACGUCCGGGGACCAGAUGGGUUCACCCCUUUGAUGAUUGCCUCCUGCAGUGGUGGAGGAUUGGAGACCGGUAACAGUGAGGAAGAGGAGGAUCCUUCAGUAGAAAUAAUAUCAGACUUCAUCUAUCAGGGAGCCAACCUCCACAACCAGACUGACAGAACGGGGGAGACUGCCCUCCACCUGGCAGCCCGUUAUGCUCGAUCAGAUGCUGCCAAACGCCUCUUGGAAUCAAGUGCUGAUGCCAACGUUCAAGACAACAUGGGUCGCACUCCCCUUCAUGCUGCUGUAGCUGCUGAUGCACAAGGAGUAUUCCAGAUUUUGAUCAGAAAUCGGGCCACCGAUUUAGACGCCCGCAUGCAUGACGGAACAACACCUUUAAUACUUGCUGCUCGCUUGGCGGUGGAGGGAAUGGCCGAGGAGCUCAUCAACUCUCACGCUGAUCCCAAUGCCACAGAUGACUCUGGCAAAUCUGCUCUUCACUGGGCUGCUGCUGUAAACAAUGUGGAGGCUGCCUUGGUCUUGUUGAAGAAUGGUGCCAACAAGGAUAUGCAAGAUAACAAGGAGGAGACACCACUGUUCCUUGCAGCCCGUGAAGGCAGUUACGAGACAGCAAAGGUACUUCUGGAUCACUUUGCCAACCGUGAAAUUACAGACCACCUCGACCAGCUGCCCCGGGAUAUCGCCCAGGAACGCAUGCACCAUGACAUUGUUCGUCUUCUGGAUGAGUACAAUGUGGUACGAAGUCCAGGUCUCCACAGUGCCCCCGUAAACACCUCCACCCUUUCGCCCCCGCUCUGCUCUCCCAAUGACUAUCUCAGCAACCUGAAGCCAGGCCAGUCUGUGAAAAAGGUUCGUAAAAUUAGCUCCAGUGGAAAAGGAGGAAAAGAUGGGUGCAAAGACAAGCUGAAAAAGAAGAAGUCUUUGGAUGGGAAGAGUAACUUGUUGGAUACAUCAGCAGUUCUCUCCCCUGUUGAAUCCCUUGAGUCUCCCCAUGCCUAUCUGUCAGACGUGGCUUCUCCUCCCAUGCCUUCCCCCUUCCAGCAGUCCCCACCUAUGUCCUUGAAUCAACUGCAAGGCAACGGGGACUCCCACAUAGGCCAGGUGAGCAUGGGCAAAGAUUUGGGUUGCAUUUCUUUUGACCCAACACCACCUCGCCUAUCCCACCUGCCUGUGCCCACCUCCAAUACUCAGGGCACAACAUCCAUCAGCAACCGAGGAGGUCAGUGCGACUGGGUCUCCAGGAUGCAUCAUGAUGUAAGUCAGCAAGGAAGCUACACCCAAGCAGCGACACACAACAUGCUGGGUCCCCUGCAUGGAGUUAGCACUGCCACUUUGUCUCAGAUAAUGGGCUACCAGAAUGUGCAGACCAGUCACCUGAGUUCACCCUCACACAUGCUGCAGCAGGUUCACUCACGGCAGCUGCAGCACCAGAACUCAAACUCCACUGGAGCUGGUCAAACCCUCAGCCAGAACUUUCCCACCAUUGAACUGAACGGCUCCGAACUGCCGCAAAACAGCAGCUCAGGCCGGUCAGUGCCAAUCCACACCGUGAUGCCCCAGGAGACGCAGAUGUUGGGAACUCAGUUUCUUACCCCUCCUUCCCAGCACAGCUAUUCAGCCCCAAUGGACAACACUCCCAGCCACCAGCUCCAGGUCCCCGACCACCCGUUUCUCACCCCUUCCCCUGGGUCCCCCGACCAGUGGUCCAGCUCGUCUCCACAUUCCAACCUGUCCGAUUGGUCAGAGGGCAUCUCCAGCCCACCCACAAGUAUCCACUCACAGAUGAAUCUCAUCCCAGACCAGUUUAAGUAGAAGUAGGAAAACCUGGACUCUCAGCUGUAUGUACAAACACAGAAAGUGACAAAGACUGAAUCCGUUUUUAUUACCAGUUUUUAUACUAAUAAGAUACUUUUUAGCUAUUUUGUAUUUAUUUAUGAGCGGUUUUUUUUACCUGAAAUAAAAAGAUGAUUUUAUAUUUAUGUUUUUAUUUGUUCUAUUUGUUUUGUUUUGUGUGAAAACCAUAGAAACUCUUGAAAAGAAAUGUAUAUCAGAAAGAAAGUCUCCUAGGUGUGUACACUGGUUAUUUAUUUGUCUUCUGCUGAUAUCUGAGUUUAUUUGGAAAUGUUUGGAGCUUCAGUUGCUACAAAUUUAAACUUUUGGAGUCAGUUUAUGAAAUGCUUCUUUUGGACUUGCAUAAAUAUUUUAAGUUCUCAGUAUUAAGUAUAUGUUAACCACCUUUUUUUUUUAUUACAAGUUUUGUCACAUUUUCACUAAGUCUUAUCACUGAAUAUGUGUUGGACGAUGAUUUAAUAUAUUUUUACGAAGCGUCACCUUUUCUUGCACGUUACAUCUUUUUGUAAUUGAGGAGAGGAACCAUUGUAAUGAAACUUUGGACCUUUAUAAGCACAGAACGUAUAGGAUGUUGUUCAGACAGAGCAAAAAAGCAUUUAAAUCUGAGCCUAUUUUUAAAUAACCUAUGGUCUGGGCUGGUGCUGAGUUACUGAUUUGUGGCAACCAAUGAUGCAAAGCGUGUUUCUUUGUUGCAUGUUGUUUCACAAAUCACUGUUUAUGGUUACCAUGUUUAACCUGUUCAAUGUUGAAUUGUAGACCUGCUGUAGAGCGCUGGAAUGUUACAUUUGCCACCGUUUUUGAAAAAAAAAAAAAAAAGUGCCAGUGUAAUUUUUUUUCUGCUCGUUUUUCCCAUGAAAAGCAACAUAAUUGUGAGAUUUCUUGUAAAACGGGGCAAAAUUUGUAAAAGAAAUCGGACCUUUGUAUGUUUAACGACAUCACCUGCACUUUGUAAAGGAGUGUGGUUAGGGUGUCUAAAUGUCAUGUUUUAUAAACUAAUCCAGAGGUAAAGAUGUGUGUUUUUUUAUGAGAAUAACUAAAAUCUUCAUGCACAGCUGUAGAAAAGAUUUCCAUGUGAAAUGAUUUCUUAAGAAAUGUCUGAUAAAAAAUAAAUGUUAUGUAAAAUUGUCACGAUUCAAUAAAUAAAUAAAGUUAAGCCUUAAAA